GUUCAUGAUUGCGGUUUUCGCUUCCUUGUCAUGCGUCCAUGCAGUUCCACCAACUUCAGAUUCCAACCCCCUGCACAUCAAAGAGGUCCAUGGACGAGGAGCAGCUGUGCCUUCGCUUACACAAGCGUCUACGCAUAGGGAGCCCAAGAGCUCACAGUUGCAAUGGCUAUUCGCAGGCAAACAGCUUCUUGCAGCAGCUACACGCUGAGCAAAUGGCAAGGCGGCACACGCCGCUGGCUUACACAGAUACAUCCAUGGCCACCCAGGCGUUUACUGCGAAUGGGAAUGCCACUGUCCCCGACUUUGGGGCGAUGACGCGCUUUGCGUUGAGUGAUGUUGUACAGUGCUCACACGCAGCGCAGGGACGCUGUUUGCAAUGCACUGGUCGGCUGGUGCAGAAUGUGCCUCUUCAACUUUACAGCGAUUGGUGUGGAGCCUUCAGCUCACCUGCUUCAUCUUCCACAACACCAUUGCGGCUUCAAGGGACAAAUCCAGUGAGGGAGUUGACCUUUCCUUCUUUGGCUGCAUUGAUUGCCUGCCUAAGCCCUGAACCUGGAGAGAGGCUGCUACAUCUCAGCAGCGGAUCAGCAAGGGCUGUUGGAGCUUGGGUUCUCCUUGUGCCACGAGGUAUGGCCUGCGGCGUGGAGAGCAACCGCACGCUGCAUGAGUCUGCCACUGCGUCCAUUGAGAGAAUGGAGGACGAGGUGAAGCAGCGUGUUUUGCUUCACCAGGGCAGCCUUUUCGAGAUGGAAUCUGAAUGGCCGCAGGCUAGCGUAAUUCUGGUCAGCGGCGAAGCGCUGGAUGAUGUUCGGGUGGAGAAAGUCGCCAAUGGCUUGGAGAGGACGCAGCCCGGAACCCGCAUUGCCUCCAUUGGAAGACCUUUGGUAGCAGAUGCUUCUAGAAGUGGCCUGCACUUGAUUCGUCAGGUUCUGUAUCGGACUGUUGGCUCGGGCAACACGCCUGUCUUCAUCUACCGCAAACCUGGACUCUGAGCGCAAUCUGACCCAAAAGUCAUCAAGUGAUCGCUUUCGAUCGAUGGUUCAGUUGCGUGUGCAUGUUUGUGCAUGCCGCAAUGCUGGCAAUGCGAACUGCAAACUAAGUGCCCUUUUCAAGCUGUUGAACAGACAAAGACAAGGAAGCACAGGCAUAGGCAAAACA